AUGAAUGGUCCAGCAGAUCCUUCAAGUGUACUCCUCAACUGCUCAAAUCAGUCAAUUUUCUCUUUGGAAACAUCAGAGCAAUGUGGCAAAGAGUCACACCUGGAAAACAUCCUUUUUGCCACUUUCUACUUCCUGGACUUCAUCCUGGCUUUUGUUGGCAAUGCCCUGGCUCUUUGGCUCUUCAUCCGGGACCAAAAGUCAGGCACACCUGCUAAUAUUUUCCUGAUGCAUCUUGCGGUGGCUGAUCUGACUUUUGUGCUGGUACUUCCCACCCGGCUGGUGUACCAUUUCUCUGGUAACCAUUGGCCGUUUGGUGAGAUUCCAUGCAGACUCACUGGCUUCCUUUUCUACCUCAACAUGUAUGCCAGUAUCUACUUCCUCAUGUGUAUUAGCAUUGACCGUUUCCUAGCCGUUGUGCACCCAGUGAAGUCCAUCAAGCUCCGCAGGUCCCUUUAUGCCCAUUUGGCAUGCACCUUUCUCUGGGUUAUAGUUGGGGUUGCAAUGGCACCUCUGCUGCUCAGUGUGCAGACAGUUGAGAUGAAGGACACAACCGUCUGCCUGCAGCUCUACAGAGAAAAAGCCUCACGUCAUGCCCUCGUGUCCUUAGCAGUGGCAUUCACCUUCCCAUUUGUUACCACAGUGACUUGCUACUUAUUAAUCAUCCGAAGCCUGAAGAGUGGGAACAGAGUUGAGAAACACCUGAAGGAAAAAGCUAUCAAAAUGAUCAUCAUGGUCCUGAUGAUUUUUCUGAUUUGCUUUGUACCUUAUCAUGUCAAUCGCUACAUUUAUAUUCUCCAUUACAAUGGGACCAAAACUUCCUGUGAAACACAGCGUCUUCUAGCCCUUGCUAACCGCAUCACUUCCUGCCUCACCAGCCUAAAUGGGGCCCUUGACCCAGUCAUGUAUUUUUUCGUAGCUGAGAAAUUCCGUGAGGCUUUGUGCAAUCUGUUUUGUGUCAAGAAGACUGUAAUGCUGCCUCAAACAUAUGAGGGUAAGACAAAUGAAAGCUCACUAAGUGCUAAAUCUGAACUAUGA